GCUCAACUAACUUCCUCGGGUCGGCGGUCGCCUCCUAUGCCCCUGAUUCAGAUAUUGACACCUCCGAUGUGAAAAUCACAACGCAACUUUUUUCCCCUCUCUCUCUCUUAGAUUCGUGCUCUCAAAAUUCUCGACCUCGUUAAGCUACUUCCUCAUACACGAAAGAAGCUUGCUGUGAUCCGCGUCUUAAUAUCUGCAUUGUGUGAUUUUUGCUUGUAUUUCUGCUCCAGUCUCUGAUCUCUGUAUGUAGGCUGCUGGAGAUUUUGGCGGGAGGAAUUCAUUGCUGCCAAGGAGUAUCGCUUUCUAAAGUUUUUAUGAAUGGAGCCUUUAACCUUGGAUUUGUUGUUGCUGAUUGAGUCGAUAUGCAGUGAAUGCAAAAGAUAAGCUUCAUGGUCUUGAGGUGUUCCUCAUUUGGAGGGCAGCUAUAUUAGAAAUGCAUGAAUAGAUUUAGGCAUUGAUUUCUUAAUGCAGGUUUUUGGUGUAUUGCAUAGCUGCUAGAUAUUCCUAUUUUCAUACCACAGUCCAAUGGUGUCUGUUGCUGUUAAUCACGAUCUUUCGAGCAGUCUACAAGUUGAGUCCAACUUCACAGAAAAAGGGUUGGCUGGAGAUAGUGUGGUUACAAAUUGCAUUGAGGUUUGUGAAUCACCUUUGGAGUCUUCACAUGAAGAGCAUAUUCCUACUGGAGGAAUAUGUGAUGAAGAAGUUGCUAGCACCGAAACAUACAAUAAAGGAUACCUGAACUAUGGUUGUUCCCAUUAUCGUCGGAGGUGUCAAAUCAGAGCACCUUGUUGCAAUGAGAUAUUUGAUUGCCAUCACUGUCACAAUGAGGCAAAGAACAAUAUUUGCGUUGACCAAAAGCUCAGGCAUGAUAUCACUCGCCACUUAAUUAUGAAGGUCAUAUGCGCGCUUUGUCACACUGAACAGGAGGCUCAACAAGUUUGCAGAAAUUGUGGGGUGUGCAUGGGAAGAUACUUUUGUGGAACUUGCAAGCUGUAUGAUGAUGAUAUAUCUAAAGACCAGUAUCAUUGUGAUGGCUGUGGUAUUUGCAGGGUCGGAGGCUCCAAUAAUUUCUUUCAUUGCGAUAAAUGUGAAUGCUGCUAUUCCAUGCUUUUGAAAAGCAGCCACCCAUGCAUUGAGAGGGCAAUGCACCAAAACUGUCCUGUUUGCUUUGAGUAUCUGUUUGAGUCGAGAAAUGAUGUAGUUUCUAUGCCAUGCGGGCACACCAUACAUCGAACAUGCUUGGAACAAAUGCAGGAUUACUAUCAGUACGCUUGCCCCAUCUGUUCAAAGUCAGUUCGCAAUAUGUCGAAAGUGUGGGAGAAGUAUGACUUGGAGAUUGCAGCUACUCCUAUGCCACCAUAUUAUGAAGAUAAGAUGGUUUGGAUUCUUUGCAAUGACUGUGGAAGUAACUCUGAAGUGAAAUAUCACGUUGUCGGCCAGAAAUGCCACGACUGCAAAUCUUACAACACCCGGCAAACAAGAGGCCUUGGCAGAUAGAUAUGCUGAUGCUUCAUUCAAUCACAUAUGGGAUUGUUUCCUUAAACUAACUUCUACAGUAAUUUAAGCAAACAAAUCCUAAUAUUCUUUUUGUUUUCUCAGCUCAUCUUGUAGCUGGAUGCUGAGUGCAUAAUGUGUUUGUGUCCAUCUUCCUUACUAUUCUUCUCUUCCCAUCUCAAUAAACGUGUUUUUUAGUAGUAUCUCAAUAAAUGUGUUUCAUGAGUUUUUUGGUUU